CUGCUCUGUCUUCGCCUGUAGGAGCUUCAAGCCGCCUUCCAGGCAGAUUUUGUCCCCGACAUCGAAGACGUCCCUUUGGUCUUUCCUCCAAUCAAAGCAAAAAGUGCUCCAGUUGGAGAGACCAAUGGUGCUGAGACAAAAAAAGCAACCUUUGCCGUUAAAAUCAGUGUAGAAUAUAACAGAAGAACAGGAAAAAACCAAGUGGUUUCUUCAACCGCUAUAAGCCCAGGAAGCCUCCAGCAGAGCGGCUUAAAGAUAUACGACGAUGGACGCAAGUCUGUGUUUGCCCUGCAGUCUGAAGAAGACAGCAGGAGAGGAGAGGUAGGACAGAUGUCCAGUCACGACGUGGAGGAGCUUCUGCAUCAGGCUGCAGAGGAAGCGGCGCCUGCUGAAGUACACUUCCAUCGUCCAGUGUUCUCAGCACCGUACACAGGAAGCAACAGGCCAUGUACGCCUCGGGCACCGACCCAAAUACCGGUCAGAGAAAAUACACCAUCCAUUCCUGAACAAAUGGAUCAGAAAACCCCAGCAGGCCUUCAUCAAAGCUGCACAGCCUCAGAGCGCCAUGACCAAGCGGUCCAAAACGACCGGACAGGAAGGUUUGGUACCAAAACUAGUCCAGAUUUCCCUGCCAGCAGCAGCAGAGGGGCCCCGGUGCCAGUUAUGAUGACAUCACAAGCAACGCCUGCAUCCAUGACAUCAGGUCACUGGAGCUCAGAUCCAGAUCUACAUUCAUCAGCCAGUGAAUCUGCUGAUGGGACUCUGAGCAACCAUGACCUUCACACAGCCACAGGAAGCUCUGCCUCCCUGAACCAAAUCCAAGCCCUGCCAGAGGAACCAGAGCAGGAACCGCUGACCAUGAUUUUCAUUGGCUAUGAAAACGCUUCAGAUGAGGAGGAGGAAGACAUUCAAGCUGAGCUCGUCAUUAUAGGCGCCAGUGAUGGUGAAGACGAGCCAGGUGAUGCUAACCGAUGUCUGGAUCGUUUGGGCUACAAAGAAGAGCAGCUGUCCUUCCAUCCAGAAGGAUGCAAGAGCCAAGUCUUCCAACCCAAAGUGGAGAUCGCUACGGUUGGAGGAGGCCGGGAGGCAGCUGGAAACAUCUGGGAUGUGGAGCUCCACAGGCCUACGUUCGUCCACAGACCAGGAAAGCACAGCUGCUAUCAACCGGGGGAGAGGCUGGAUGAGCCUCCUAACAUCCGCUGCAUCACUGAGGAGAAGCUCCGCUCCACCAGAAGAUGAGAGAGAGCAAUAUGAACAUAAAACAACAUAAAAGUCCAGCAGAUCCAGUUUAUUCUGCAUGCAGAGUGUUAUUGGUGCCUCUGGUCCUCCAAUAACACUCCAGAGUGUUUUCAUGAGUCUAUGGGCUUCAAAAAUAGCAAUAGGACAGACUCAGGGUGUCCUUUAGGUCCAGUAGGAGAGGAAGAGAUGUUCAGGAUUCUGCAGCAGAGCAGCAAACAUAGAAGCUCCUGUUUCUGGAUGAUGUCAAAAUGAUUCCUAAAUAUAUCUAAACCUUCAUGGAAUCAUGAAGAAUGAAAACAUGUUGGCUGUUCUUGGUCUUUUUUAAUGUUUCCAUAUCCUGGAUGCCUGACUGUGUGAACCAUGAUGCUUUGGUGGUCUAGUUUAACAUGUAGAACAAGCUGAACUCUGCAACUCUGGUGCUUUGUUUCACAUUAAAUGAAU